GGAGUCUUCAUCGCCAUCUAUUUCUUUAUCGUACAGCCGCUGAGCCCCGGUGAAUCCAAUGGAGAGCAACCCUAUUUUGUCGAACACCCAGACCCCGACGACGACGACGAAGAAGAAAGGCCCGAUGGAGGAGACGAAGUGCCAUCCUACGUUCAGAGAAGCAUACACCGAAUACGAAGAAAGACCCGAUGGAGACAGAAUGCCACGCUAUACUGUCGAAGAAGCUUACAGCGAAGACGAAGAGCCAUCCACCGAAGAGGUAGAACCAUCCGCCAUAGAGCAGCCUCAAGAUUCGGUCUCUGUUUCUGCCGGCCAGGGAUUGAUCGGCGCCGAAGGAUCUAUGACGGCGGCCGAUACGUUGGAAGGACAAUUACAGCAGCCAAUUGGGAAUCCUAACAACGAGGAACAAGAUCCGGAGCGUCAGUUCUUGAAGCUACCGGAGGAGCGGGCGAUGCCGGAUAUAGCAGAGGGACGGAGCGGCAGCGUCGUGAUAACUGGGAAUCAGAAUACAACUUGUAAACUCAAAAUAUGAGAUGAAAUGACCUAGAGUCAAGAACGGAUUGUUUUUUAUGACUCUCUUGAAAUUGAAGGAAAAAGACACUUUUAUUCAAAUCGCAAAUUCGGUACAAAGAAACCUAGCCAAAGCCAAGUAACUUGGCUCUUUCGACGAACAGAAACACUCAAUAUACUCACUUCUCAAGA